UUCCCACUUCAGCAACCUGUUCCAUAAAAAAAAAAAAAUAGACGUUUCUGGCGUCCGCCCCUUCCUCGCGCACACACUCAGCGUCGUUUCUCAGUCUGCGCGCGCGCACGCACGCUCACAGUCUCUGUGGCCAACGGAGCGGUAACACAGUCGCUCGCUCAGACUCGCAGAGAAUCUUAAUAUCCAACGAGUCGUAACGGCACGCGCGUGUUGCGUAAAUAAACAACGCCGAAGACAAGCGCGAGACCAACAAAAAGCCCCAAAUCUCUGUCUUAGGCGAUAUUGUUAACACUACUGAGGACAUUUUUGUGGGGGGGAGAAAAAAGAAGAAAAGCAAACUCAUCCCGGAGCCGCUGUGACGUGGAUGUGACAAGUGUUUUUUUUUGUGUAGGGGGAGAUAUUAAUUCUAACAACAGAAAAAAACUUUCUGGAAAGAAAUGUCUCGGAAUCCGGUGUUGCGUUUCCCCCCCCUUACGAGCGCGUGCCUGGGAGAAUCUUCACAUUAACGCGCGUUGGAGACCGCACGAGCCAGGAUAUUAGAGUUACCCUUCAACUGCUUGCCUUCAGUGUUGAAAGUGGAUUAUUUAUUUUGAUUAUGAUGAUGAUUAUUAUUUUGUUUUCGCGUCGUGUCAUUUAAACCGACUUGCCCAUUAAGUAAACUGGAGGCGUCGCGCGGAGCUCCCACACCGGAAAAGGUGAUGAGGCAUCGCAGCUGAACAUGGAGCUUUUCUGGAUUUUAUUAUUCUCCGUCCUGCAGCGCUUCACACGAGGACAAGGGGUUUACGCUCCUGCCAACGCACAGAUUGUUCACUCUGGCCAGGCAUGUGUGGUGAAGGAGGAUAACAUCAGUGAGAGGAUCUACACCAUCCGUGAAGGUGACACGCUCGUGCUACAGUGCCUGGUUAAGGGACAUCCACGGCCACAGGUCCGGUGGACCAAGACAGCGGGCAGCGCUUCAGACAAAUUCCAAGACACGCCGAUCUUCAAUGAAACUCUACGCAUCGACAACAUCCAGAGGGUGCAGGGAGGCCGCUACUACUGCAAGGCCGAGAACGGGGUUGGGGUGGCUGCCAUCAAGUCCAUCCGGGUAGAUGUGCAAUACUUGGAUAAGCCCAUGCUCACGGUACACCAGACUAUCAGUGAUGUGAGAGGCAACUACUACCAGGAGAAGACGGUGUUUCUGCGCUGCACGGUCAACUCCAACCCUCCGGCUCGCUUCAUCUGGAAACGAGGCAGCGUUUCCAUCGAACAGAGCAAAGACAACGGUGUGGACAUCUACGAACCUUUAUACACACAGGGUGAGACUAAGGUGUUAAAGCUGAAGAACCUCAGGCCUCAGGACUUUGCCAACUACACAUGCCAGGUGUCCGUCCGUAACGUCUGUGACAUACCGGAUACCUCGGUCACCUUCCGAUUAACCAACGCCACCACUCCACCAGCCUUGAAGCUCUCGGUCAACGAGACGUACGUGGUGGACCCAGGUCAGGACGUCACCAUGUCGUGUGAGGUUACAGCUGGUUUCCCAACGCCCACUGUGACGUGGGCACGAUACCCCAACCCCCUGCCACGCCGCGCCACCAUCCGCGGUGGUUCUCUAACGCUGCGCUCCGUCACCCCAGCCGAGUCGGGGUUCUACAACUGCACCGCUGUCAAUAAUGUGGGGAACCCAGCCAGGAGAAACGUCAACCUUAUUGUUAGAACGAUGAAGAACCUGACGUUCCAGAUCACACCCGAUUCAAACAAGGACAGCGAGAGCAUCCAGAUGGGUCGUGACCUCAAGCUGUCGUGCCACGUGGAUGCUCAGCCCCAGGAUAAGGUCAACUACACGUGGUACAAGAACGCGGUCCCCGUGUUCCCAUCAGACAGCCUCAUUGUGCUGCGCAGUGACCCGGACAUGCCGCCUGGCACCAGCAGCCUGGAGAUUGUGGACAUGAAGUUCCGAGAUCAAGCCACCUACAGCUGCGUGGCCAACUUCCCAGGCAGUAAUGUUCCCGAGCUCCGAGUGGACGUCAACAUCACACAAAGCAGUGUAAUUCCUCCAGUCCUGACCGUACCUGUGGGUGGGAGUGUGGUCAACGUGAGCGAAGGUGGGAAUGCAGAGCUGGUGUGCCUGGUUGAGGGUAAGCCUCGCCCCCCGGUUCUCUGGUCCCGGGCCAACAAAGACAUGCCCAUGCCGUCGGGUGACUGGAUGAUGGAAACACGCGAUGGACGCCUGCGUCUCACCAACGUCACACGAGAUAUGGCAGGGGCUUACCGGUGUCAAACGGCGCCAUAUAACGGCCUCAACAUCAAACGCAGGCUGGGCCAGGUGCAGCUCAAUGUGGAGUACCCUCCCGUGGUGGAUCCCGUCUUCCAGGAUGUCCGCUCUCCAAACUACAAGUCUGUCAUUUUGCGCUGCAUAGUUCUCAAGUCCAAUCCGAACCGUAUAGCCAGCGCACGUUGGUAUCGGAACACGAUUCCGAUCCGCACUCCUCCCGUGGACCCUCAAGACGUCCCACAGCUCCGCUUCAUACUCGAUCCCACCAACAACGGCACGUACGAGUGUAAAGUCAGCAACGGCGUCGGCACGUCGACUUGCACCUUCGUGGUCUCAGCUCGACCGUACGUUGCCGAAUUUUACUACGACACGCCGAACCCCAUCCGCAUCCUGAAGGGCAGCAACUACUCCUACAACUUGCAGUGGACGCAGAGAGAACCAAACACUACGGACAAAGUCAUCGGCUAUUCGAUCAGCGUGCAACAGAUGGGUCAAAAGGUGAUGUCCAAGCAGAUCAACACCAGAGAGCCAGUAAAAGGUGUGCUGAUGUCACACACCAUCAUGGACUUACGGAUCCCUCUGUCCUACGAGGUGGGCCUCACUCCCAUCACCGCCUUUGGUACUGGAGAUACCGUCACCCGGACCAUCCAGUACUCUGAGCCUUACACUUAUCCGAGAUCUUCAGAUCACGUUUGUGGUUUUGAGGACGUGCGGAUCUGCGGGUUCUCCCAGGAUCGCAGUGACGUGUUUGACUGGACCAGACAAAAUCAUUUGAGUCAAAACCCUAAGCGCUCGGUCAACACGGGGCCUGACAUGGACAAAAGUGGGACCAAAGAAGGUUAUUAUAUGUACAUUGAGACAUCACGGCCACGUCAGAUAGGGGAUAAAGCUCGUCUCCUGUCUCCGCUUUACAACGUCACAGCGGCUCGAGGUCCCUCGGGCUCCAGCAGAAUGCCGUACUGCGUCUCCUUCUUUUACCAUAUGAAUGGAAAACACAUGGGAACUCUGAAUGUCCUGCUGCGAGUGAAGAGCAUCGCCACAGUGGAUUCUUUAGUAUGGACACUCUCGGGCCACCAAGGCCCCAACUGGAGGAAGGCUAACGUCGUGGUGUAUCCCAGUGGACCAUUCCAGGUGGUGUUUGAGGGCAUCCGUGGUGACGGGUUCGAGGGCGACAUCGCCAUCGACGAUGUCUCCGUCACCAAAGGGAAGUGCAAGCAGGAGAAGCUCCCCGAAACAGCCGUGCUUCCAGGAACAGCCCGACGCCUUCAGCCUGCUACACUGACCGAGCUGCUCGUUAGCUCCAUGUGCCUCUACGUCCUGCUAUUCUCAAGAUGAUGGAUGAUACAUCUGUUCAUACCCUCGCACCCACCGCCCCCCCUGUGGCAUCAACCAACACUGCCCAGAUAUGUUCCUUCCUACCUUCUCCCUCCUCUCCUGUCUUUUUUUUUUUCUUUUAAUUUUUCCAUCAUUCACAUUACUUUCCUUGCAUUUCCUGGUCACGUUUCUCCAUGCUCGGCUUGACCUUGCGCUGACCUUGCGCUUGCCGUCGUCUCCCUAGACCUGCUCUGUUUCCGUCUCUGACUUGAACACCAUGAUUCAACUCGAUGGCUUGCCAUACCUCCAUACCUUUCGCUAUGACUAGUCGAAUCCACGUUCAUGAUAUUCUUUAUAUUUGCACCGCAUCAGUAUGUAUGUAUGUUUUAUUAUUUAUCCCCGACUACCCUCCCUCUCCACCCUCUCUGUGUUGCUGACACACCAAAGUGUCAAUUAUGCUACCAAAGAUGAUGGCGGUUCUUCAGAUGAAGCGAAGGUUGGGGCAAACACGGGCUGAAAUGCUCUUUAAAGCGACGUGUCACUCAUCCCUUAAGACUGUCCUGCACAGAAACGUGAAUUCUCGGGACGGAUCAGCAGAAUGUAGGGUGAAAAAUGAGGACAGCCAAAUGAAAUGCUGUCCAUUUGGAUGAAUGGAAGAGAACCUGUACAGUUACAUGUAUAUGAUAUAUUACCUAAGUAUCAACACAUGGAUAAUGAUUGCGAGUUCUGAGACUAAUCAUGACUCAGAGUAUGAUCAAGUUAAACUAAAGAAGCACAAAUUUAUAUGCUUUUUUUUUUUUUUUUUUUUUUAAAUCACUUUCGUUUCCCCGUGUGGUAUUUUUGUCCAUCUACAAAUUUGCUGUAUGCCUUGUCCCUUACAAUAAAUGACGUUUCCUGCCUUGCUGCUGAACAGAAUGGUGGCUGAACUUUACGUCAAAGGGUAGUCCUAUAUCGGACACGUCUACCCUCGCCCCACCAUCCUCCGACACGACGGCAACCCGUAUUAUCUAUACGUUAAACCGCAUGUUGAACUGUGUGCCGAUCGGCGCUCACCGGCGACGCACUAACGGACAUCAGGACUGACUGAUUUCCCCAAGUGCAGGAGCACGAGGUCCAUAAGGACUCCAAAGACGGGCUUCCCAGAAGGUCUGCAUGCUCCACCCACGUUUCUGAUGAUCCUUUAGCGAAAAAGCCGAGUUGCUGAAGAGGAUUUGUAUAGUGCAGGUGCAUCCGGACGAGUGCCGUGUUCCGACUUGGACGUUCGAAAGAGGAACAGGACCGUGCUGCCAGCAAGCAAGGAGACAUCUAGUUUUGGCACAAAGCAAACCAUCUUUCAAUGGACUGCUCAUCGAGAAAUAACGGACAUCCACAUUUCACACGAAGCAAUACAGCAUAAUAAUGAUUCUUCAAAGCUGAGCACAUAUUUAGUGAGAUGUGCCAUCAUCACAGUCGACGCUUCGAGCAAGAUGCAUCAUACGCUUAUCCCGACAGCUCGUACAUUUCGAAGAGUCGACUUUUACUGUGAACCGUUUGACUAAGGUCCCAGAGAGUGCAUCAGGGUUCUCAAUUAGGUCCUCUUCUGUGAAUGGCAUUUACUCACAAUUUACUCAUUACUACAAAUGACCAUGAAUGACCGAUUUUGUGGACUUUUAUUAAGGAGCACAAGCGUAUAUAAAUAUAUAUAAAUAUGAGAAUCACACAGAUAAUGGAAGAAACCAUGUGUGCCUCUGUCAGAGUAUACACAUUAUAGGCGACCUGGUCAUCAUAACAUUUUAGAUGCUAUGAAACAAUCAUAUAUAAAUUUGGUUUUGACCCGGUAUUAUUCAUGCUCAUAUGCUCUGCCAUAUUAUAUGUUCAAUAUGCAAUGUCUAAUCACUGAGCUUUUAGUGUGAGAUUAGUUUUCUGAAGUCACGUCGUGGUUUGCCUCAUUCUUGAGCCCUGCUUGUAAAAUUUGCUCACAUUCAUAUUUAACCAGUGCAUAUUUAUCUUAAGAUGCUAUAUCGCUCAGAUCUGCUACAUUCCGGUAAAGGUGUUGACUUGCAUCUCAGGUCUUUUUUUAAUUUUUAAUUUUAUUUAAAAAGUACGUACCAAGAGCAGAGCCUUUUAGAUUUCUCUUUCGCUUCCGGUCCAGUCGACUGUACCUGUACGUUACAUAGUUUUUAGGCCUGUGUGUUACCAUUCAUGCUAACACGUGCACUUGGCUUGACCAGCCAUUUAUCAUCAUAAAUAAAAUGCUUCCAGAACAGAAUAAUUAGACUCGAAAAAGGAAACGAUGGAAAGGGAAUAUUAAUUAUUUACUCUUUAAAAUAAAAUUUUUAUUAUUAUUAUUAUUAUUAUUAUUUUUAAAUGGGUUGAUUUGGAAACCCAGUGCUGGGUCCAAUAUGGACAAACCCAGCAUGGGUUGCUUGAACGCAGUGAGGUCGGGUUAGUAUGUUGAGCCAGUGUACUGGUUUGAUUUUCACAGUAGCUAGAAGUAACGAUAACAAUUAUGUAGCAGCCCAAAAUUGAACUGUUAAUGUAAUUAUGUAAUAAUUUAAAGAUCUAUCUUUACAUUUAUGAAGCCAAGAAGCCAAUUUCGGACACGUUUUCCCCUUAAAUAAACUUGGAUAGCGUUCUUGUCACAUGUCAGCAUUGUGUAUCAAGCCAAUGGG